AUGAAGGGAGCAUCGGUAACAGCAGAGAAGCCUUACGAUAUUGAACGGCCGAUUGAUGAUGGUCUGCUUUUCCCGGGUCUUUUACCUAAUGAGUCAAAAGGACUUGCCAAGAAAGUAAUCGCAUUCGUGAAUGCCAUAAGAUUCUCACCUGAGGUGAGCAACGGUCUUGACUAUGCGGGCCUUGGUGCCCCUCUAUGUGUCAAGUACAUGUUUGCUGAUGAAGCCUGUUUUCAUGGCGUCAUGGCUACGACUAUCCUACAUCUCAAUAAUCUGACAAGCAAGCCAGAGGGGUUGUUUGAGGCAAGGCGUCAUAUCUCACACACCUUCCGCCUAGUGCAUCAAAAGCUAUCUGGCCAGAGUGCCGUUACUGAUGAGACCAUCGCAGUCAUAGUCAGCAUGACUCAGUAUGAACAUUACCAACAUCAGUAUCAACAGGGGUCUGUUCAUGUUCAAGGUCUACGACGGAUAGCUCAGUUGCGAGGUGGUUUGCUACAGCUCGUCACAGGGGGCUCUGGCUUGGCACAAAAAAUGCUGCGGUAUGGUUAA